GCGGCAUUCUUUUAUAAGAGUACUGUCCUGCUGUCUCUUGGUGUGGACUCCAAUUUUCAUCAUUGCGGAGUCAGUACAUUCUCGCCAGAGUAUCCCAUCGACACCUUAUUCUGCGCUACCAGCUCGAGGUGCAAUUGGUGAGAUGGAAGCACCAAACCACGAAGCUGGUGGCCCAAAGCGGGAUCACCGACGGACAUCAGAUCAAGGGAGCAGUGGAAGUGUCCGCAUUGAGCAGUUUGCGACACCAACAGUUGACGGUGCUGGGCCCAAUAGACUGACAGCCGCUGCGCUUGGCGUGCUGAACGCUUCGAAUGUUGACAACGGGGCUCCCGUGUCGUUAAGCAUUGAUACUGGCCUUAGCGACGCUGAUUCAGCUUUGGGUAUCGAUGCCGAUAGAGCUUCUUCAUCUGCCUCAGUGACAUCGAGCAUGUACAGGUUUGUAGAAGAGUUUGGCAGGACGUAUCACAGAUACAAGGAAGGCAAAUAUUUCCUCCCAAACGAUGAGAAAGAACAAAGCCGCCUGGACCUACAGCAUGCAAUUGCCCUCCGUAUUUUCAACAACGAACUCGGCCUGGCUCCCGUCUCUAAGCCCCACCGCGUCCUCGAUAUCGGCACCGGGACGGGCAUCUGGGCAAUAGAGUUCGCAGAUAGAAACCCGGAAUCAGAAGUGGUGGGCACCGACCUCAGCCCGAUCCAACCCGAAUACGUCCCCGCCAAUUGCCGUUUCGAGAUUGACGAUGCAGAGGACGAGUGGGUCUUCGGGCAAAAGUUCGAUUACAUCCACGGCCGGUACAUAUGCACUUCUAUCUUUGAUCUUCCGAAACUGUUCGGUCAAGUGUACGACAACUUGAAUCCAGGUGGAUGGGUCGAAUUCCAGGAGACGGUGAUCGACUUCAAGGCUGUGGAUGACUCUCUGGAAGGCACCGCGCUCAGGCGAUGGAAUGACCAUCUUCUGGAGGGCAUUCGGAAGGCUGGACGUGAUGCGCUAUCGCCAUUCGAAUAUGCGAGGUACAUGACUAGUGCCGGAUUUCAGAAUGUUCAGGAGAGACGCUUCGCAGUGCCAACUUCCCCCUGGGCGCGAGGCAGAAACCAGAAAAUCCUGGGCGCCAUGCAGAUGACGAACAACCUCGAAGGAGUGCAAGGCAUCACAAUGAAAAUCUUCACCCAAGUGCUGGGCUGGUCUCAAGAGGCAGUCGAACUAUUGCUCGUUGAGGUGAGGAGGGACAUGGCAGACAAGAAAAUCCAUGCGUACAUUACGGUCAUGUCUGUAUGGGGACAGAAACCUCGGUAGACGGGAAUGCCAGCUUCCUCUAAAGGCGAUUGAGGGGCUGUCAAAGCAUAAGUUACGCGGAGGAGCUCAGGAGGCCAUGGAAAGUGCGCCAUUUGUUUACAGAAUGCAGUGCUUUCAAAUCAUGGCGCCAAGCACUUGAGGGAACCAUGCAUUCUCUAGAGGAUAGAAAGAAUAAUCCUGAUAUAUCCUCAAGUGCUGAGAAAAGUGAAUGACCUAUUUCCUAUUGGAAAAAUGUAUGGAUCGGGAUAGUG